AUGUCGAAUCUCCUCGUGCUUCCGUUCCACCGGCCCACUUUACCUCCUCCUCACUCAUUUGACGGCCAGACCGUGCUCAUCACAGGGGCCAACACUGGCGUGGGUCGUGAAGCAGCGCGUCACGCAAUCAAUCUCGGCGCGACUAAGAUCAUCAUGGGUGUGCGUAAUGUGUCCAAAGGCGAGGCCGCCAAAGAUGAUAUCCGAAGAACGACUGGUGCCGCCUCGGAUGCCAUCGAAGUGUGGCCGCUGGAGAUGGGGUCGUUCGAUAGCGUCAAAAGCUUUGCGGCACGGGCUGAGAAGCACGUCAAAGAAGGCGGAAGACUCGACGUGGCCAUCAUGAACGCUGGUUUGGCCACGGGACUAUGGGAGCAGACUUCGGAUGGGUGGGAGAAGACGAUCCAGGUCAAUUGCCUGUCCACAGCCCUGCUGAGCCUCAAAUUGCUCCCAUUGCUCAAGCAGUCCAAGUCCGAUACCAGUAACAGUCAUCCUGGAGCGAUUGCGGUUCCUCAUCUGGUCAUUGUGGCGAGCGACAUCCACCAAAUGGCCAACUUCUCCGAACGCAACGCUUCGAACAUUCUCCAGGCCUUGAACGACAAGAAACUGUGGGAAAAGACACAAAGUGUGAAUCCCUUGGAACGGUACGCCGUCAGCAAGUUACUCGACCAUUAUAUCACCAUUGAAUUGGCGAACAUGGUCGCCGCGAAAGAUGGUGCACUGCCUCAAGUUAUUGUCAACUGUGUGACGCCGGGGUUUUGCAAGUCCCAACUCAUGUCGCGAGGUGAGAAGGCGCCGCUGAUCCUGAGGUUCCUGCAGUGGUUGGUCGCACGGGACGUGGUUGACGGGUCGAAGACAUUCCUUGACGCUGCGAUGUACGGCGUCGAUUCUCAUGGGAAAUACCUGGAGAAUGAAAUCAUCACCCAUCCAGGAAAGAUUGUUACAGAUCCGGAUUGCAUCAAAGCAAGAAAGCAGAUUUGGCAAGAAACCCUCAAUGUGCUGGGAGAUGUCGAUGCAGACCUGGACUUCUUGCGUGACGAUUACUCCAGAGAUAUCUCAGUCGAAUUUGGGUCACCAUGGAUAUCCAGAAAAUUGGCAGCAGUCCGGGUAGCAACCACCUCCAGCAUUGAACGUUGGAGAUGUCCCGUCCCACCAGGGUCGUGUACUUUCAUUCCGGGAGAUCAUAUCAACGGGAGGCCAACUAUACUCCCGGGCUUUGUCAACGAGACCUGGGCGGACGACAUCUCAAUACCCGCAGCUGCUUCUUUAUUUCGCACCUAUUGCAGUGUCAUCCACCCACAAUACCCAUUCCUAAACAUCAGGGAUUGUGGAGACUAUUACCUGCGUUGGAAAUCCUCCUUGUCGGGCGGGAGAUUGGGUGGCUGGGCCGCUUUCUUUGUCAAUAUGAUAUUUGCGACUGGAUUGCUGAUCGAAUCCAAAGCUGACAAUGCCCCACACUCCAAGUAUCAGAACUUCAAGUUAAGAGCACAAGCCGAGCAAUCUAUCAUGGCAGACUCAUCUUCCACACCACUUAUCCGACUGCAGGCGAUGCUCUUAUCAGCAAUGCUUGCAUUGCAUGCGGAAAACACCUGGCGGAUUGCCCAUGUCAGUGGUGUCAUCAUGAAGUUUGCCAGCCUUCAUCGAUUUCAUCGCUUGAAAAAGAUCCAAAAUGAUUCACGCAACACCAUGAUGAUCAGAGUCUGGUCAAGUGCAUACACUCUCGACCGCUCAGUCAGCUCAGCACUUGGUACACCUGUCAGCCUUCCAGAUAUGUAUAUCUCAUCUCCUUUGUACGAAGACGGCCCCGAGGACCAGUGCCCUAUGCCAUGGCUCUCAGAUUGCACUCCGCGAGAAAGCCCCAAUUUAUCUCCCACCCUCAAAACCUUUGCCCACAUUUGCAAGAUCAGGACUGUACAGUCACUAUUCAUGCACAUGGUAGAAAAAGACAACUUAGAGGACAGUGUGCCCCUGGAAUUACAGAUGCACAUGCUGGAAGCUGUGAGGAAAUGGGAGGAACCCGACACCAUCUCAAUGCAUAGGUAA